GGUUCGUCUGUCAUAGCGGGUGUCAGGAUUUCUCUCUUUUGGAGGGCUGAGUACUGUUCUGCUGUGUACAUUCUUUUUGCCCAUUCGUCUGUCAGCAGACACUUGGAUUGCUUCCUCAUGACUGUGCUGAGAAAUGCCGCUAUGAGCUUGGGUGUGCAAACAUCUCUUCCAGGCCCUGUUUUCCAUUCCUUUCUGGAGAUACCCAGAAGUGUGCGUGCUGAAUCAUCUCCUACAUAUUUUUGGAAGAUUUUAUUUUUUUUUUUGAGAGAGAGAGGGCAUGCACAAGUAGGGGGAGAGGGAGAAGAAGAUUCCCUGCUGAGCAGGGAGCCCUACGCAGGGCUCGAUCCUGGGACCCCAGGAUCAUGACUUAACCGACUGAGCCACCCAGGCGCCCAUCUCCUACAUAUUUCUGGAGGAGGCUGUGGGGGCACAGGGAAGGCUCUCAGACAUAAACACAUCAUUAUUAACUUCGUCCCAGUCAAGGAAGAAUUCCAUCAAAAUGCAGUUCGUUGUAAGCACGGCUGUGACGGAAGCCCAGGCGGGGCACGAGAGCUACGUGACUUUCUGCCAGCUGGAGGACGAGGCCGCCUUCACGUGCAGCGCGGACCGCACCAUCAGGAAGUGGGACGUGCGCACCGGGCAGUGUCUUCACGUCUUCCGGGGACACACGUCCAUCGUGAACAGGAUCCUGGUCGCCAACAACCAGCUCUUCAGCAGCUCCUAUGACCGCACGGCUCGAGCCUGGAGCGUGGACAAGGGGCAGGUGUCCCAGGAGUUCCGGGGCCACCGCAACUGCGUGCUGACCCUAGCCUACUCCGCGCCCUGGGACCUGCCCGGGGCUCCCUGCGCUGAAGAAGUUGGCGGGCUCCUGGUGACGGGCAGCACGGAUGGCACGGCCAAGGUGUGGCAGGUGGCCAGCGGCUGCUGCCACCAGACGCUGCGGGGCCACACGGGAGCCGUGCUCUGCCUUGUGCUGGACACACCCAGUCACACCGCCUUCACCGGCAGCACCGACGCCACCAUCCGUGCCUGGGACAUCCUGAGCGGGGAGCAGCUGCGGGUGUUCAGGGAGCACCAGGGCUCUGUCAUCUGUCUGGAGCUCGUGAACAGGCACGUGUACUCGGGCAGCGCCGACAGGACGGUCAAGUGCUGGCUGGCAGACACGGGGGAGCGCGUGCGCACAUUUGCAGCCCACCGACACAGCGUGAGCGCCCUCAAAUACCACGCAGGCACCCGCUGCAGCGUGUUCCUGACCCUCCUCCCAUCCACAGGAUGCCCAGCAGCCACACUGGGUUGGGGUAGGGGAAGCAGGAAAGGGACAGAAGAGACCCAGGAAUGAAACUUGCCCUCUAGAGCCACAGUCACCAGCAGCUUUAGCGGCAGGGCUGGGAAUAGGCAGGUGAAGCAGCAAGUGGGGUAAGGAAGAGCUCCCUGAGGCUGGGGCUCCCUUCGGCUUGCCCAGGCUGUGGGUGGGUGUGGCAGAUGCUGUGGAUACUGCAGUUGGGGUUCUCAGGUCCUCUCCCCUAGAAGGUUUUCCCAUGAGGAGCAGGUCGGAGGAGGGCUGGGAGCUGACACCUACAAGAGAGGCCCUCAACCAAUGACUUACCCCCCACCUCCCAGGGGGCACAGCUCUGAGCUGAGGUCCGCACCUCCUCCCAGGGGCCCCCUGCAGUCACCUGCUCACUAAUACAGCUGUAUGGACAUCCUUCCUUCCUGUUUCUCUCCCCACUUUGUGGAAUGCCCUGCCAAAUGAAGUGUUUGCACUCAAAUCCUAGCGUCAGUGUCAGCUUCCGGGAGAGCCCAGUCCAGGACCAUAAUUAAACCACAGAGUUCUUCUGGUCAGUGUUCUCAGGGUGGUCCCUGAGCAGCAGCAGCAUUCCCGCCCCACCCCACCCCCAACUGGUUAGACAUGCCCGCUCUCAGGCCCCGCCCCAGACCUCCUAAGACAGAAACUCAGGUGGGCUCAGCAAUCUGCCUUAACUGCCCUCCAGGUGACCUGGGUGCUCACUGGAGUCAGAACUCUUGAACUAAGUUCUAAUGUAGGAAAAGGCGCAAGGAAGGCUGAAUCCCGGGACUCCCCCAGGAGAGUUGGGCAGGGGCGCUCUAGCGAAAGCCAGAGGGUCUUGGCUCUGUUUGGAGGGCCAGACAGAGGAGGAACGGAUUUCUGGUUGGUCCUUGCUCCAGUAGGCUGCUCAGAUGAUGGGGGGUGGAUGACCUCAUCCCCACCCCCACCCCCAAGACAGGGGCUUUAGAGCAGGGAAGCCAGGCCUCACCAAAGGCUUUCACCAACGGUCUCAGAGCGGGGACCUGGCCCGAGGUGGUACUCAGGAGGGACAGGAGCCCCAGAGGGGGCCGCGCAGGCAGGCCCUGCAGCCCAAGGCAGCUUCAGCAGCCUCAGUCUGCAGAGCAUGGGAAGUGGGGUAGUAUACCCCCGCCCCCGAGUUCCCAGGCACGCAGCAGGAAAAGGAAGGUGCGGCCUCCUUCCU